UCUAGUACAAGCUGUCAAAUUGUAUCAACUGUGCUACCAAAAUGAAACAACAACUGUGUCCUUCGUGUUAAUCAAUUGUGGUCUCUGAUUCGUUUCAGAUUUAUUUUGUAUAUAGAUUGAAUUGAUGGUGUAUGGAAGCUUCCCUGGUGCUAGCAUCCUAUCUUUUGUUUCUUGGGAUCCCAAUUUGACUUUUACUAACGCGACCUUGAAUCAAAUUCUCAGCUCUGAUUGGGCCUAGAAACUGCUUAUCGUCACUGUGCAAUCAAAGUCAAACUAUUUAAAGAACCAAACAACCAAAUUGUUUAAAUUCGACCCCAAUAAUAUUUCACUCUUUGUUAGUCAAGACCAAUUAAUGAGGUUGAACUCAGUUAUAGAUUUUGAAGUUCCCUUUUAAUGUUAACAGAUCUUCGAACCAAGACAAGCAAAUGAUACAAAAUUGGAACGACAAGUUGAUGUUAGUUUAAUAUUCUGAACUUCAGAGCAGUCUACCAUCGCACAAAAGGGCGCAGGCGUUGCUUCGCUCUUUUAAAUUCAUGUGAUCGGAGCUGAGGCGAGAGAGAACAGAUUUUAAAUUGUGUUUGACUAGUCAACAAGAGACCCGAUCAGUUAAAUAGCUAUCAAAGAACGAAUUAACUGCUGCUGAGAACAACUGACCAACAUGUGUUAAUUUGACGUUUCAGUCAGUUCGAGGUCGGUCGCAAGCGUAGAGAAUUAUCUUCGAGUGGGAACUUAUUUUUUAUUACUCUGACUCUCUGAUCAUCAGUGGUAACAAAAUUUGCUCCCCUUAAAAUGACAGUGGACACUAGUGACACUUCUUCUACUUGUGUCAGUGGGGGCGAGCAACAAUUGCGUCAUCGUCAGCAGCAGCAUUCUGCAUCAACCUCCCCUCCCUCUAUACGUGAGGAGCAUCACUUUGAGUAUGGGGUGGAGGGGGAGUCUAGUCCGGGACAUCCCUGUAAACCACAGUCACUAGCCGAGACCAUUAGAUGCGAAGUCAGGGAAUUGAAGUUGAUAGCCCACGCGCAUCUGCCCGAGUGGCUGAAGGACAACGACUACCUGCACGAGAACCACAGACCCCCCAUCCCCUGUGUGGUGACGUGCUUCAAGUCAGUCUUCUCCCUCCACUCGGAGACUGUGAACAUCUGGACACACCUCAUCGGCUCCCUCAUCAUAGUCGGCAUCUGCUUCUGGUGGUUCCUCUUCAGACCCUCUCACGCCCCCUACUCCUGGCAGAAGAUACUCGUGUUUCUGGCGUUUUUCGUGUCGGCUGUGGCGUGUAUGACGUUCUCCUGGCUGUACCACACUCUCUACUGCCACUCUGUGCAGAUGAGCAGACUGUUCUCCAAACUGGACUACUCCGGCAUCUCCAUCCUCAUCCUGGGCUCCUUCGUGCCCUGGCUCUACUACGGCUUCUACUGCCACCACACCCAGAUGCUCUUCUACAUCUCCACCAUGAUACUCCUCUCUGUUGGCUGCAUCAUAGUGAGUCUGUGGGACAGGUUCUCCUCCCCCAUCUACAGACCCCUGCGCACUGGCACCUUCAUAGCCCUAGGGUGCAGUGGAGUGGUGCCCUUCCUACACAGUGUGGUGGAGAAUGGACUAGAACACACCAAGUUCCCCUACAUCAUCACUGUGGCCCUGCUCUACAUUGCAGGUGCCUUGAUCUACGCGUGUAGAGUGCCGGAGAGAUUUGUGCCGGGCAAGCUGGACAUCUGGGGCCACAGUCACCAGAUAUUCCACGUGUUGGUGGUAGUGGCAGCCAUAGUUCACUACAAUGGCAUCAUAACCAUGGCAGACGACCGGCUGGAGUUGGGCGAGUGCCAGGCAUAAUGAAGAGAAGAGAAGAGAAGACAAGACACGACUGAGCGAACAGAACAGAGAAGAAAAAAAAGAGGACCAAAAUACCCCAAGGCCUGAUAUCGUAACAGAUGAUCAAUGCGCAUGUGUUGUCAAGACUGAACUGAAUUUAAUUGGAAUGAAGUGAAAGCCUAAAAUAAAAUGCAAUCGAUUGUAGACUGCUACGCCUCUGUUUAGAGACACACCCUACCUCCGACUUUUCCUCGAACCUAACUAGUCUAUUAUGGUGCUCACCAAUAUUUCCACCUUCUCACCUUCAAAUGUCCAGUAAACGGUAGGAAUUUUAACUCAUACCAAUUAUUCCUUUAAAGAAGACAGGUUUCUAUUUGAAUCUAUUUUGGUUUAAAAGUUUCAAGCAAUUAAAUAUUUGAAAUAUUUUUGAGAAAUUUGUUUUUUUUUUAAAUCAGAUUGGGAGUUGACUUGGGCCUGAUGUACAAACUAGUUGUGCGUGUGCAGUUUGCAAAUAUUAAUUGCAACACCUACCAAUGUACUAUUUCUAAUUUACAAAUUGUAUUA